CACAGUCGGGCAGACCGACCGAGCCGUCGAACCUUGGACCGGGACCGCGCUCAGUGCCCGCCUCAGUGCCGCCUCUGCCCGGAUGGAGCUGCGGGGUUCGCGCCCCGGUGUGCGCCGCUACUGACCCGGCUCGAUUUGACCUAACAGAACCAUAAGUUCGGUUCGGCCGACCUCCCCGUCCCGCAGCAGGCCGCCGUCUCCUCCGUGACUCGCAGAUCUCAUGCGAUUCUUCAGACUCACAUUUAAGUGCUUCGUGGAUUGUUUUUGAAGGUCGCGGUUCGGCUGCGGUUCGGUUCGUUUUUCUCUUCAGUUCAACAUUUUUAUUUUUAUUUGAAAGAAAAAAAUUCAAAAUUAUUUUUAAAACAUUUCGAUUUUCUGACCAUUUUUAAAUUUAACUAAAUAAACUGAAGUCCUAAAUUAAAAGAGAGGAGAGGGUCCGGAGCAGACCGAACUGGACCGGCUCUGGUUCUGACUGGUCGGUGGGACUCUGACCUGGAGCUGGACUGGUGUUACUGGGGUGUUACUGGUUCUGACCCGGUGUCAGAGGGAUACUGAUUGAUUUAGUUUCGGUUCUAAAGCUAAAGAGCUGCAGAGUUAAAGAAAGACAACCGGACUGGUUCUGACUGGGUUCUGAUUGGGUUUUACUGCUGGUUUUGACUGGGUCUGAGUGGUUCUGACUGGGUUUUACUGCUGGUUCUGAUUGGGUCUGAGUGGUUCUGAUUGGGUUUUACUGCUGGUUCUGAUUGGCUGUGAAUGGUUCUGACUGGGUUUUACUACUGGUUCUGAUUGAUUCUGACCGGGUUCUGAUUGGGUCUGAGUGGUUCUGACUGAUAUUCUGUGACAGAAUCUAAGUGGUAGAGGGCUGACAGAGACUGGACCUUAGAACCUGUACUGGUUCCUGACUACUUUGUUAAGUUCUGACCAGGUUCUGUUUGAGAUGGAGAAACCGGCCCGGCCCGCUUCGUCCUGCUCUGUGGUUCUGUUGGAGGAGACCAAGAGGAACCCACUCCUCCUGUCCAGCGGCUUCGCGGCCGCCAACGGAUCCCUCGCCCCGCUGGCGGCGCCGACCAGCGGCGGCGUGGUCGGCGGUACCGGUCAGGAUAAAAGGGGAGGCGGGGCCAUCGGGAUGGGUCCGGGGUACCAGGAGCGUGAGACUUGGACCCGGCAGAUGGACUUCAUCAUGUCCUGCGUGGGAUUCGCUGUCGGACUCGGAAACGUGUGGCGGUUCCCCUACCUGUGUUACAAGAACGGAGGAGAUGUCCUGGAUGUGUGAAGUGCCACGUGGAGGCUGCUGCAGCCAAAGAUGACCUCUGAACUGUCUCCUGUGGACGUCUCCAGUGGAGACGGUGAAGGAGGGAUGAGAGCGGAGGUGAAGCCUGUCAACAGGAUUAAAAGAUUACAGGCCACUCCUGUUAAUCUCUGCUCCACAUGCUGACUUGCUCAGAAAACCAACCGCUCGUUCUCCCGACCAAAGGUCCGUUACCAUGGCGACCUGGUAACAGUCCCACCCACUCCCCCAUGCUCGAGCGAUGAGCGCUCGAUACUUCUGCACAAAGGUUGUUUUUACCACCUUGAACUCGGUGUUGCUCUGUAAACCUCUGGACUAGAAACGACGUCCACAUGGAACUGUUUAGGUUGCGACACCGAGGCCAAGAGGUCGACUCGGCGCCAUCUUGUGGAUGAAAUGGAGUCAAAUUUUGAAUAACAUCUGACAUAAGAGGUUAGAAAUUAUAGAAAUGUAUUUGACACAUCAAUCGGAAUAUAUGAAAAUAUUUGGAAGAAAAUCGCUCAGUCCUCGGGGAAGGAGGACUGAGCCCAGUGGAAUUAUGGGAAAUGAAGGAAUCUGUCAUGUGAGAUGUAGAAAAUCGGACACGGGACUAUGACAUGUUAUCUAUCUGCUUAGUACACCUGUAUCUCACUGUCUGUACGCCAGACUAGCCAGACAGCAACCCUACAACCGUCCGGAGGUUUGAUUCCCUGCAGCCUGUGGUCCUUUUCUAACGGAAAUCUGGAAUACUGGCGUUCCAAAUGACCAAACACCUGGAAAAGUCUGAAAUGUUUCUGGAAACCACACCUGUUGAUGACUGGAGUCAUCAAACCCAGUUAGACCACAGACUGGUGCUUAAUCCAGUUCUGAUUAUGAUCUAGAAACAACAGAAAUGGUUUGGUUCUGAUCGGGCUCCACAUGGAGGUCCGGUAGGCUCACUGAACGGGUUCGAAGUUGCCAGAGCAAUAGUUCCAUGCCAACCAGAGAGAAAGAAUAAGAACAACUCCUGACUCCAUGGAGAUGAAGCAAGAGAAACCUGUUGCUCGGUUCUAACAAGCCGGUCCAGAACAAGAAUCUUUGGGAUGACCCAGACGGUUCAGACAGUCUGCAGAGAAACGUUCAGAAUAAAACCUGCAGAGUAGAAGCUUCCAUCGGCCAUGUGAAAGGGGAAGGCUAGAGUUUAGUCCUUGGAUAUCUGUGAAUGAACCACUCCAAUCAGUUGUACAUGUGACUCAUGGAUGUGUGGACUUUUAUUUAUAGCCUGUGAUGAAAGGACACAUCCUGACUGAUCCUGAGUCAGUUGGCAGCAGAACAGAGUGAGGAGAGCUAACGACAGCCUGAUCAGCGCCGCUUAGACCCCAUGUUCCUACUUUCACUAGUCAUUUGACCAUAUCCAAUAUAUGUAUGUAUUUAGUAUGUAAAUAACCUACGUCAGUUUUAAUAGGACAUGGCAUGCUUGGUUUGUGUUGAAUAUGCAUCAACAGGCACCAGGGCUGUAUGUUGACUAACUAAAGGUUUGAGGGGAAUUUGUUUCAGUGAACCAUGAAGGGUUCAAUGUAACUGCAGACAUCAAGACUGCUAAGAAACACAAUUUGAUGCAUUAUCAGUUUUCCAUAAUUAACUAUUGAAGGGUGACGUCAGGAAGAAGUUCCACCGCACACCUGACUACCGUCUCACUGCCCAUUACCACCAACAUCCUCACUUCUCUACUAGUGUCUACAGUUUCUCCUCAAUUAUACAGCGGCCAACAUUUACAGUCAUCAGAACCAGAACCAGGCGGGUCAUCUGCUCUGAUUAUAACCAAAACAGAAGACUGAGCUACGAACAAGGACUGAGCGCUCACAGCAUUCAGACAUUAAUUAUAAAUACAUAAGAGGCCAGUUAUGGUUAGAAAUGGGAUUAUUCUGUUCCAUUGGCCCAAUGGGAAUGACUCACACUGGGCAUCUAGUCAGGAUUGUUGAUCCACAGAGGAAGCUCACUGUGGAGCAGUGAGCCACCAGGCCAGCAGGAGGCACCGCAGGAGGACUUGGCAGUUCUGUAAAAAGUAGAAGUCUCUUCUGCCUCUGAAGGUCUCUGAAUAACCCUAAACCUAAGAGAAUUAAAAUCACUUAUUUAGGACCAGAGACCGCUCCUAAAGCAGGAAGUGAACUACAGCGCAGGGCAUUCU